AUGGCUAUGCCUCAAGGACCGCAAUUUUUCGGCCCUGGUGUGAACAGCUUCAUAAUGUUAGAGCUGAUGUACGCUGACACACUCAGCAAUGCCCAGGAUUUGUGGGAGCAGUUACUCGGCUUUGAAAAGAGCCAUUCGGAAGAAAUCACUGUUGUAACAGAAACCUUGAGAGAACUCACGAUCAGACAUGCACAUGGGUUAGUUACUCCGGAACAGGCCUGUGAAGUGAACUCUCUGUGUAACUAUAUCAAAACUAUGCACGUAUUCAAUGACGAUGGCACUCCGCGUUACACCGCAGAAGAACUCGCUGGUAGCAUUUCGCUUGAUUUGGUAAGAUUUUCAAUUCAAAUGCUCGUCUUAUCGCAACAACAUGAAAAGUUCAAAAAUUUCAAGUUCAUGCUAGUAAUCUGA